CCUCCUCUCUCCAGGUGCUUAAAAUAGACCAGCCAGAAAAAUAACUACGCUGCUCAAAGAUCAACGGACACUUCUGAAUCGACUGGGUCAGUCUCCGACACAAAGGCAUUGAUGUUUAAUGUUGCUGUGCGCUGCACUGUUUUCCUUAAUCAAGUGUUUCUGUUGGCGCGUGCCAUUAAAUCUUUCCUCUCAGCGGUUUCGAUGUGUGUGUGUGUGUCCAAGAGUACGUGACGGAGACAAGACUGGAACAAGGACUAAACUGCUCCUGCAUCCUCGAUUGAUUGAAAUUCGUCAUAGGAUUCGUCGUCCCUUAUUUCCAAGUCUUACGGUGCCAUUCUGUAGUGUGAUUGGAGCAGUGGUUGUGUGAGCGGUGCGUUGCCUGUUUUUAACAAAUACCACACACAGGCGGUAAUAAACCUGUUAUAAUGUCUAAACCUGGAUCCAAACAACACAAUGCCAGUGUGACAACCCCCCUCAGGAAGCGCGUUAUGAUACUUUUAAGUUGGGUAGGUUUAUGGCUGAAAAAGACUCUCACAAGGCUUUGGGGAGCAGUUCCUGGAGUCAAGAGACACUCAGCGUCCCCGGGUGUCACCGAUACGGGAUCAGGCCAAGUGGACUCCGAGUGGAAAACCAAUGAGGCGCUUUGCACGUAUCCUCCUGGAGGUGGAGAGGAAACCACGGUGACAGUCCAAACCAGCUCAUGUGCAUUCCAUGUUGAUCUUGGCAGACUCUCCGAGUGCAGUGAGUACUUCCGAGCCCUGUCCCGAUCCACAAUGAGAGAGACCUCGGAAAGCCUCGUCCACCUUGAACACGUGUCUUCCUCCGUCUUUCGCAACCUCCUUGAGUUUUCCUUCCUUGGUCAGUUCAAUGUCCCUCAGGAGGAGUUGGGCACACACAUCCAGGUCAGCAGCUAUCUGCUGGCCGAGGCCUUCCUCUCAAGGUGCUUGUCUGUCCUCGCGGAUAAGCUCAGCCCAGGUAACUGCUUGUCUUACCUGAAUCUGGCUCGGGAGAUCUGCUGUCUUGAGCUUAAGAUGACGGUGUUCACCUACCUGAGUAGAAACCUGCUGGAGCUUCCUCACCUCGUCACGUGUCUGACUAAUGCAGAGAAGGACAAAGUUGUCCAAAUGAGGAAACUGGGAGACAAACGUCUUUGCAGCCUCAGGAAAGAGAACCUCACCUCCUGGAGUGACCCAGAAACCGAACGUGCCCAGCACGUGUUCUCCCUUAAAGAACCAGGGGACGGCGGCGGGGGCUGGCAUCCGAUCACACAGCUUCCUUUCACUGCUGAUAAGUGGUGCUUCACUGCAGUGGUCCUGCAUAACUAUCUGUACAUCCUGGGGGGCCACCGGCAGCCUGUUAAGAGAGGCUGGGAGUUCAAGAUGGCUUCCUUUAGGUAUAAUCCCUUUACUCAUUCGUGGUUCCCAACAGCGCCUCUGAUCAAGCACAGAAGGCACUUCAGUGCAGUGGCCUGUGAGGGCUGCAUUUACGCUGUGGGAGGCUGGUACUUGGACUCACUGGUGACCCCAGACUCCAACACGGCUCUUUAUACAGCUGUAGAAUGCUAUGAUCCAUGGGAGGACACAUGGAGGUUUGUCUCCUCACUGCCACUCAAUGACUUCACCGUGUCCUUGUCCCACGACGUGCCCCUUGCCACUGGCCUGGGACACUGUCUCUAUGUGUUGGGGAGCAUCCAGAGGACCGGAGAGAAACUGCUACUGCAGUACGACACGAGGAGAGACUCCUGGUGUGAACUGCUUCCCACCCUUACCAGAGCCGCUGCAGACCUCCCCGCUCUGUACUUCCUGGGUGCCACCGACAGGCUGCAUGUGAUUGGUGGGAACAACUCCGGCAAUGUGGUGACGUCAUUCUGCGUGCAGUCACAAAAAUGGGGUCAGGUGCAUACUGCGGAGAAAGUGGGAUUUGCAGGACAGGGGACAGUUGCAGAUAAACAGGUCUUCAUGCCAAGCAUAGAGCACAACUCUGUCGCAAGGAUGGAUCUCCAAACCCUCUCCCUCAGGGUGCUUCCUCCUCUACCUAUCUCCACCCGCUAUGAAGCGGUCUUUUAUCUUCACUUUUAAUCUUAUAGAAAGCUGUUGUUGUUGUUCUGCAGACAAUUGUUGAUUGUUUCUGCGGCUCAAAACUAUGGUUGUUUUAGUCUUUGCCAAAGAAAAGAAGAUUAACCCCCCUGUAUGAAUUGUCAUUAUCUUAUAUGCUCAAAAUCACUGUCACUGUUAGUUUAAAAGAAAUGUACUGUUCGACAUGGACAUGAUGGAUUUUGGAAGGCUACCUUCAAGCCUGCUUUUCAAGAAAAUGGACUUCAAUCAUGUAUGAUAUUCAAAGUCAGUCUUUUUCUUGGGUAAUAGGGAAAUUCACAAACAAGGGUAUACAUGUAAGACCUAAUCUAAGAAGGUGUGUGACCUCUCCAUUUGUUUAUAUUUUUGUUUGUUGUUCACAUUAAUAAUACAUUUUAAUUCUCCACCA